AUGUUUGUAGAUAUCGAGUCUUUACAAAAGAAUGCUAAAUUGAAGAUCAAUAGGAAUCUGGAUUCAAGCGGGCAGUUAUAUCUUCCUAUUUUUGCUAAUUGGGAUCCACGUACCUGUAAUAUAGCUUUAGUGAUUCAAGACUUUAUUAGAAUAGCAAUGAAGGAAGAUCUAUUACAAACUGUCCCUAUUCAAUCACCUAUUAGAAGUCCAACUAAUAAUUUUCAUAACGAAUUUACUAGUCCAACGAAUUCUGAAAUAAACCAAGUAGUCAAUAAUGAAAGCAUCAACUUUAGGCCGCCUUUACCUCCCAAACCGGCUACAGCUCUUGAGCCAGAGAUAAAAAAUCUCAUUAUAUCAAGGGCUGAUUCUUCUCCGGAUACCAUAGUUACCAAAAAACUGCCUAUUCAUUCAAAGUUUCAGGUAACUUCAAACUUACCGUUACCACCCAAGAAAAUUCCUUUAGUAGACAGAGCAUCGUCUAUAACAAGUCCACCUCCCUUUCAAGCAACUAGUAAUAUUUCUACACAGACACCAAUAGGAAAUAAAAAUUCACCAACAGUAUCAAAGCCUCCUCUUCACCUAAAAGACGAUCUUGACUCUGUUCAAGUCGAUCUUCUGGACGCAGGAUUUAAACUUCAGCAAGAUCCCAACCAUAAAAACGCAAUCAAAGAGGUACAAGGGCUACUCAACCAACUUACAACAAACGAUAAAAUAUACAUUAAUAAUAACAUACUAAACAGGAAGGCGUCGAUAGACUCGGCAAUCAAGCAAUUUGAAAAUUUGUACCAAUAUGAAACAAAGAAUACAAUAAACUUGCAUAAUUCCAUUCAAGAAAUGAUAAAAAAUUUGAAAAGCGAAACAGAAUCAGUCGAUAAACAAUUUGCUAAACUUAAUGUUUUUCAAAACACCAGCGAACCGAGCUUAGAAGAGGAAUAUGACCCAUUAUGGAUGACAACAACUGAAACAAUUGGGCUGAAUCAGCUAUAUACUCUCGUUGCAAAAGAUAAAGCGCUUUCUGAUACUAUCAAUAUGCUAUACCAAAUGCUCAAUAGAGGUAUAAUACAACUAGAUAUAUUUGUCAAAAAAUCCAGAGAGUUGGGAAGGCAACAAUUUUUAACGAGAUUACAUAUUGAGAAAAUCGCUGGGCUGUUGCUUAGAAUAUAA